GCGGGUUUGCUGCUGCUGCUCGCGCCCGUGCCAGCCAUAUCCCCUCCGAAUCUCCCCAGAGCGUGCUGCGUGCCCCGCGCGGCCGUCUCCGCGGCACGAGCGUCGCGCGUGGCCAUGAACAAGGAGGAAGAGCUGCGCGAGUGUCUGUACAACAAUGCGGGAGACCCGGUAGCCUCUCGGCAGUGCUUCUCCGAGGUCACAGUCGAUGAGCUCCUCGAGGAGAAGGAGGCGCCGCUCCUAACCAACCCCGAGCGCGAGUCGCUGACAGCCCUCGAUGAGUGCCUCCUCGGCGCCUCCUCAGCCAGCGAAAUCGCCAGGUGCGUGUCGACCACACGAGAGCAGGACGAGGUCGUCCAAAAGGGUGCCGAAUGAAUGCAUCGGCCGCGGCGCGGCGUCUAGGGCUAGUGUGUGCUUGUGACACGAGUGUGUGCGUGUAUCGCUCUCUAUGAUCUCCUCUGUCCUCAUACACUCCUCCUCUGCACAGCCUGUAUCUCUGAGAUUGAACAUUUGUCAAGACC